AUGAAACUCCUUAAGGGAAUUCUCCAACCUAAUGAAGAUCAAUCAUUCUAUCAUGUGGUAUCUGGUGAACACGGAACUGGGAAGACUAUAUUAAUUAAAAUAGCGUCAAACGAAGUAGGACAGGAUGACAAAGGUACACAAGGUGGAAUGGGAGUUCCUGCAAACAUUGAGAAAUUUGCCGAGGAAUUUGCAAAAGCUAUUGAUUUUUCAUUCGAGAAAUGUGUUUCCUUCACGGCACUAUUGAAACGGAAUAUUGUGGGUCAUACUGUUCUAGAUAUACUUCAAAAAGAUGAUAAGGAUAAUGCAGAUAAACGAAAUUAUAUUGCUGUAUUCGUAAGUAGUGAAGGAAAAGUCCCUAAAAAAAUGCAAUCACAAAGUUCUUGGUCACGUGCUAAACAGUGGUGGAAAUCGGUGAUCUUGAUCAAUAAAAUAUUUAACAGCAAAAUGCAAUAUCAAUGCAGAAGAGUCAAGAAAGCUAUACAAUUUAGUUGGUCGUAUUAUAGAACUGAAAAGUCUGUAACAGAUGAUUUCCUAAAUGGACAAACUUUUGAAAUUAUAGAACAGGAAAUCUUAAUGAAAGUUUUAGACAAAUUGAGAACCGCAAAGCUUCUUGAAGGUCACGAUUUGAAGAGAUUUUUCAAUAAUCCCAUAGAAGUAGAUGAAGCAGAUGAUAUCCCAGAGAAAAAUAUUUUCACUUAUCAUCCAGAAAAUAGUACCGUCACUUUUCAAUCCCGUUCGAUAGAAUAUUGUUUUGAGCGUGUAUUAAAGAAAAGUGAAAGUGUACUGAUUAAAGAAAUUUGUUAA